AUGACAGAGAAAUUUAGUCUGAGGCGACGAGGCGUUGUUACACCAGUCGUUGCCAAUUACUGCUAUGCAGUUUUUAAGGCGGUCACUGGGUAUACUACUGAUGGACAAGUAAUAGCAGUUGAAAAACUUUCAAAAACAUCCACACAAGGAUUUGAGGAAUUCAAGAACGAGGUUAUGCUUACAGCCAAGCUCCACAUACCCAUCAACUUUGUUUUGGAUUGGGAAAAACGUGUACAUAUCAUUGAAGGAGUUACACAAGGGCUUUUAUAUCUCCAAGAAUACUCAAGAUUGACAAUUAUUCAUCGAGAUUUAAAAGUUAGUAAUGUCUUGUUAGAUGGAGAUAUGAAGCCAAAAAUAUCAGACUUUGGCAUGGCUAGAAUAUUUACCAAAGAUAAUCUUGAGGCAAACACAAGUCGUAUUGUCGGAACAAUUGGUUAUGUUCCUCCUGAAUAUGCUAGAAGAGGCAUAUACUCUACGAAAUCCGAUGUUUAUAGCUUUGGGGUUCUACUUCUACAAAUAAUAAGUGGCAAAAGGAUUUCCCUUUUAUAUGGUCCGAAUGAAAGUUUGAGCCUUCUAGACUAUGCGUAUAAGCUGUGGAAUGAUAGUAAAGGCAUGGAGUUUAUGGAUGAAUCACUAGACGAUACAUAUUCAUCCUGUAAAUUAAGGAGAUGCUUGCAAAUGGCUCUACUAUGUGUUCAAGAAAAUCCAAUUGAUCGACCAUCCAUGUUGGAAGUUUUCACGAUUCUCAAAAAUGUGAACACUAAUAUGAUGAUUUCAAAGAAGCCCGCUUUCUCAGAACAAAAUGAACAGAAUAAUCAUACAAGACAGUUGGAAGGUUAUUCGGGGAGCACCUCAUCAAUUAAUGAUGUAACAAUUUCAAAUCUUGUAGCCAGAUGA